AUGGCUGCCCAAGGUGCCAAAGGCGAGCAGAUCUAUGCUACGCUUCUUCUGAGCGAUUCUUAUCUUCCUGGCGCACUCGUCCUCGCUCACUCCCUCCGCGAUGCUGGAGCCAACCGUAAGUUGGCAGUCCUGGUUACACUCGACUCCGUUUCGGCCGACUCCAUUACACAACUCAAGAAUGUCUACGAUUAUGUCUUCCCCGUGCCGCGCAUUCGCAAUGACCACCCAGCCAACCUGUACCUCAUGAACCGUGGCGAUCUGCACUCAGCUUUUACCAAGAUCAAUCUAUGGAAGCUCACUCAGUUUUCAAAGAUUGUCUACAUUGACGCUGAUGUCGUCGCGUACAGAGCUCCCGAAGAGCUCUUCGAUCUACCCCAUCCCUUCGCCGCUGCGCCCGAUAUCGGUUGGCCAGAUCUAUUCAACACUGGUGUAAUGGUCUUGGAUCCCAAUAUGGGUGACUACUAUGCCAUGAUCGCCAUGGCUGAGAGGGGAAUCUCUUUCGACGGUGCCGAUCAGGGUCUGAUCAACAUGCACUUUGGCCAACGGUAUCAUCGCCUGAGCUUCACUUACAACGUCACGCCAUCUGCCCACUACCAAUACGUGCCUGCGUACCGCCACUUUCAGUCCAGUAUAAACAUGGUGCAUUUUAUUGGCGCAAACAAGCCGUGGUUUACCGGCCGAGAUGCACCUGCUGGCAGCAAUCCCUUUAGUGAAAUGAUAGGACGGUGGUGGGCAGUCUACGAUAGACAUUACCGGCACCAGGAAUCUUCUGGCGACACUACCCAGUAUGUCCAGUACUUUACAAAGGGAGAAUGGCGUCCUCAGUCGCUUCAGGCUCAGCCCUCUACCAGUGAACAGCAGUCUCAUGGUCAGAGCUCGACUACUUCUGUUGAAGGGCAGCACCAGGAACACCAUACACCUCAGCCGGAACAACGCUCAGAGCCUCAGCACCAUGGGCAGCAUUCUACUACCCAGCCUGGCUCUGCGCCUCAGCAGCACCAUCAACACCAAGAACCUAAGAAAGAGCCACCCCCGAUUACGAUGCAUGACUGGGAUGCUCAGAGACACCCUCCCCCCUCCGAUUCGAGGCCUGAAGCGAUGAACUUCCCUUCUACUCACUACGAAAUGUCCCGCGACACCGCACCAUUCGUCCCCCCUGCAAGGUACCCGAGUCCCCCCAAGAAUAUGUGGUAUGAAGUUCCAAAGGAGAAGUCCGCUCCUCGGUCAAAGCCAGCUUCGGAGAUCUUUCCCUGGGAACGCAACCGACCUCGACCAACGAGAACGUUUGCUGGAGAGCCCGAACCGGAGCCUGAACUUGAACCAAAAUCUACUACUCCUGAAGAGUCGAGUGCACCACUCUCCGUGAAAACUGAAGGCCUUACAGAAACAAAGAAUGAGUCAACUACAACUACCCCUAUAGUACAGAUCACACCAUCGGAUCCUUGGACAUCCUACACGCGCACAAAUGCUUGGGACGAAGUGCCUGAAAUCGAGCGGUACGUCGACCGUCUACAUGGCGGUCACCGACGUGGUAAGAGUUCGACCUCUUCGGCAGGUCGCGUGAAAAGUCCAACAACUGGCUCAUGGAGAGACGACAAGAGCAGUUUCAAGCUACGGGGUUUAAAGCUCACCGAUUUCCCCAGCGCCGUUGAGCGCCCCAGCUUGCCGGUUACACCAGCUCCGGUCCAUCGAAACUCUUUCUUUGCAGAAGACGACGCGGAACAUGAAGAUGAAGGGGCCAAGAAGCUUCCUGAGGCCGAAGGCGUGCCGGCGCAGUCCGACUGGGUAUGUGUGCAUGGGAGACGAUGGGGGCCUACAGACUGUUUGUGCGAGGUGACUGACUUGGUGCUGCAUCACCAGGAUCCGUUAGAACAGCUGCAGAAGUUGGCUAAGCAGCAAUCGGAUGCGCUGCUCAGAAGACUAAGUGGUGAUGGAACCGAAGGAGGGGAAGGAGGAGUGAGUCGCGAAAUUCCAACACGCCCAUUACCUUUUGGUUCGGGUGAUUCGAAAUCACCUACUUAUGUUGCGCAGUCCGCCACAGGCGUGUUAAGCCCACAGCCAGUGAAGGGCGAAAGAUCAGCAGGCAUCUUGCGCGAUAUGAGCAGUGGCCGUCUCGACCCCGAAUCGACUUCAACUUCUCAGGCGACAACGAUACCCGAACCGAGCUACUCAGGCCCCGGCGCCGCAUGGGAGAAGGGCGAAGAUAUACCACAACGCGAGACCCCUCUACCGCCUAACGAAAAUGAACUGGACGCUCUCAACGCAUAG